AUGAAGUCCUCUGUGUUUGAAAACCACCCUAGCAUUAGACCUAUUUAUGAAAAGAAUAGGGCUACAGGGGUGCAGCUUCGUUUUAAUUUUGUGCACACUAAUCAAGCGCAAGUGGAAAGAGCACUCUUAGAUGUGAAUUUCCGUAAAUCUUGUGGCCACGAUAUGCUCCCUCCAAGGCUUGUGAAAGAAUCGGCAGCUGUCAUAGCUAAACCUAUCACUAACAUUUUGAACGCCUCCAUUCAGCAAGGUUGCUACCCCAGUGCCUGGAAAAUGGGACAGGUUACACCUUUGUUUAAGAAAGAAGACGAAUUCAAUAAAGCAAAUUACAGCCCUGUCACAGUGUUACCUGUGCUCAACAAUAUCUACGAGAGGNUGGACCUUUCUAAAGCUUUUGAUGUUAUUCAGCACGACUUACUCUUGGCAAAACUUAAAGCAUAUGGAGUUGGCGAAGAAAGUUGCGCGCUACUUAAAGAUUAUUUGUCAGGAAGACAGCAGCGAGUAAAAAUUGGGGAUACUUUCUCUAACUGGGCAGACACCAGAAGAAGGGUUCCACAAGGGAGCGUUUUAGGUCCGAUGUUUUUUAAUAUAUUUAUUAAUGACUUGUUUUACCAUGUGAAAUAUGCUAAACUAAACGCGUACGCAGACGACCAUCAGAUUUACUCGUCCAACCUGGACCCACUCGCACUGGAAGAGUGUAUUUGUCAAGAAGUUAAUGUCGCAAAUCAGUGA